UUUGAGUAUGAACACACUUUUUCCUAUAUCACAAAGGAACUUUAAUACGGUACAUUAUUGCCCCAGCCUCUCACUCUCACAUCCAUCACAUAUUGGACAGACUGGUCAAAGGUGAGUUUUAAUGCUGUAUAUUUUGUUUGGUUUGCAACAUUUUUAUAGAAAGUAAACUUACACAAAUAUUUAUAUGAAUAUGGACUAAAAUAAUAUUUUUGAGUACACAUAUUCUAAUAAUUUGAUUUGACUUUAAUAGUAGGCUGCAGUAACACAUGUACUACAAUUUAGUCAUUUAGCAGAAGCUCUUAUCCAGAGCGACUUACAGUUAGUGAGUGCAUACAUUUUCAUGCUGGCCCCCCGUGGGAAACUAACCCACAACCCUGGUGUUGCAAGCGCCUUGCUCUACCAACUGAGCUACAGGGGACCCUGUACUACCACAACGGAUAACAAAAGAAAGAGAAAUUGAACAACAAACUGUACAGUCAAUAAGAGAGUGGCAUUUGAAAUGGAUAGAUAACAAGUGGGAUGAGACAGAACAAGAUUGAGUUUAUGCAAAUGUUUUGCUUAUACCAUAUUAUGUAUUUCAUGGUUGAGGGUCAUGACUCAUUUCCAUUGAGGAUUCAAUUCAGGGAAUUAAUAUGAUGACAUGGAACUUGAAUUCAACAAUAACCAUUAUGUAAAUUGGGUAUAUUUAUGUCUAAGUUCCAUGUACACUAGCAUCAAGUUUUCAUACGUUUGUGUAAAAUAUGGGUAAACAUGUGGGUAGAUGAACAAUAUGUGUUAGCUUAUGCUAUGGCCUAUAGGUUACGUUUGCAUGCUGACUUGAAAUAAGUUAUGUUAUAUCUUGGUUAUCAAUAAUUGUUUACUUCAUUACAAUAAUUACCCUCUAAUUCACAAAUAAUUUAUUUUUGUUUUUUUCAGCAUGAAACUGUGACUUGCAGCUGCCCGUCCCAAACAACUUCUCACCUCAUCCAGGAUGUCCUUAUUGAUAGUAUGCCUCUGGGCAGUGCUCAUGUUGUCCCUACCUCGUCCCAGUUGCCAAUCAUGCACCAUCGGCUCAGCCAAUGAGUGCAAAGAGGCAGAAUUUGCUCCUGGAACCAACCUAGCAGGGGAAGGCUUCGACAUCACCAAAAUGAAACGCAAAGGAGCCUUUGUCAUUGACAUGAAUGUGUGGAAACGCAAAGACAAGACAUGCACCCUCUGUAAGAAUCCCUAUCUGGAAGGGAAAAAACAGAGGCUUCCUUUGGCCGUGGUGGAUUGGAGACCAAACCACCAGUGUAGUAUGAAAGUGUCCAGUAAACUCCAUCGCUCCAGUGAGUCUCUCGUCAGCGCCAGCAGCUCUGCUGUGGAGAAUAACUGGCAGGUCAAUCUAGAGUUAGAGAAGGGAUCAAAAAGUGGGAAGAUGAUGUUCGCUGGAACCAACUCCAAAUUGGCUGAGUACUCCAUGGAGAAAACCAAGAGUGACAAGUUCAGUUUCACAAGCCACGGUGUGUCCUGCGGGUAUUACAGGUAAACAUCAGGUGGCCCACACAGCAUGAGCUCAUUUUACCCUUGUGUCUCUGUAAAACCUCAUCUCACAGUUUCCUUUGGGGAUUGUAAAUAAAAGUGUAUUUUUGCAUGUCUGGUAUAUUUCUGUGAUCGUUUCAUUUUAUGAGUGUUUGUCUGUAUCCAUACAACAUUAACCCCCCUCUCUCUUUUCUCUCUCCACAAAUAGCUAUAGAGUAUCAGGCCAGCCCAAGUUACACAGAGAAUUCAAGACAGCAGUGAAGAAUCUCCCCAAAAUAUAUCAACAAGAAAACAAACAACGUUAUUACAAGCUUAUUGAUAACUUUGGCACCCAUUACAUUACCAAGGUGAGGGAGAGAGAUGGUCAACAUCAAUGUGGUAAAUCAUCAAGGCAAUAGGCACACAAACUAAAUAUCAAAAUUAGAGAUGUUUGCCCCUAGAUGUGCAGUUUACUGGCAUCCCUCUGGGAACAUUCAUUACUUUCUACCCUCUCAUCCUGUGUAGGUGAGCCUGGGUGGAACGGUGCAGUCUGUGACCAGUAUUAUGCAGUGCCAGGCCAGCCUGCAGGGUCUCAGUGCAGAGGAGGUGAAGAUGUGUCUGGAUGUGGAGGCGUCUGCCAGUGUGGGUGACGGCAACAGCUUGAAGACUGAGUACAAGCACUGUCAGGAGGAUAAGUCUAAGACAGAGAGCAAGGCCAGCUUCUCCAGUGUCUUCAAUGAUAGGUGGGGAAUUAUAGUCUGCUGCUCAUUCAUAUAUAGAUUCCCCUCACACAAUUUCUUUAUUUCUGUCUCCCUCUCUCUUCACACUUCCCUAAUCAAUACAUACUCUCCCUUACUGAAAUGUGUACUGCCCCUCACAAAAACCUUCUCCCCCUCUGUCACCCUACAGGUUCACAGAGGUGAAGGGUGGCCACACCACAGAACCAGAACUACUCUUCUCUGCUGAUAAAGAUCCCUCCUCCUACAAGGAAUGGCUGAACUCCCUACCACUCUAUCCGGACAUCAUCUCCUAUUCGCUGGAAUCUCUACAUGAGUUGCUGCCCACCACCAACCCAGCUCGGAAGCACCUGCGCAAGGCCAUCAGCGACUACAUCCUGGAGAAGGCCUUUUGGAAGAACUGUUCUGAACCCUGUCAAACUGGCAUCAAAAGUGACUACAAAGACUCCUGCGUCUGCAACUGCCACAACAACCCCGGGGUGAGCGUCGACUGCUGCCCCACCCGCAAGGGCCUGGCGCGGGUGGUCAUCACUGUUCAGAGAGGGGCCAACUUGUGGGGAGACCACACCACUGCCACUGACGGCUACGUGAAGGUAGCUUUCGCAGGCCAGACGAUCGGACGCACUACAGUUAUCUACAACAACAACAACCCCAGCUGGUCAAUGAGCUAUGACCUAGGAAACGUGGAUCUGUCAACCAGUAAGAAGCUGAGAUUUGAGGUGUGGGACGAGGACGACAAAUGGAACGACGACCUGUUAGGAGAAUGUGAGAAGGAGCUGACAGCCGGGGUGAAGGAGGAUCUCUGCAACCUCCAGCAUGGCCAAAUGUUCUACAAGUGGGAGGCGGUGUGUGCCCCCAGUCUGGGUGGCUCCUCCUGUAUGGACUAUGUGCCCUCCCCUAUGAAUCCCCACCUGGAGAAGGUGUAUGUGUCUCGCCACUCCCGUCUCAUUCCAAAGGACAUGCUGGUGAGUAUGGGAGUGUUGGUGGACGGACCCAAUCUCCAUGCCAACAAGAGCCUCAGUACAGGGAGCAGAGAGUGUGGCAGAUUUUAGAGGUAUGCAUGGUGACCCAUGUCAAAACCCCAGGUAGAUUUCUCCAACCUUCUCAAUAAAAUAAUAAAAUAAAUAUUUUGGUUGAAAAAUGUUUUGUAUAUUGUGUUUUGUUUUCUAUACUGUAUCUUUGAGUAUUAGUUGCUUGUUUUGUACUUGUUUGUGUUUAUUUACAAGGUAGCUUGCAUUCAAGUUAAAAUUGCUGAAUGAUUGAGUUAAUUUAUGC